AUGUUAGGCAUGGACAUUACGACAUACUCUUCCCUGGUUAUUGCGAUCGGCGGGCUUGUCUAUGGUGUUGACACAGGCAUCGUCGCGACAACCAUCGCCCAUGACUCUUUCAAAACAUACAUGUACGGCUCUCUCGAUGCCAGGCCCCAACUUACUGGUGCCAUCGUCUCAACUUACUAUGCCGGCAACUGCAUCGGCUCUCUGACUUCUGGUGCCAUAAUGGACAGAUGGGGUCGCAAGAUUCUUGUUAUGAUUGCCACUCUUUGUGCCAUUAUCGGCACUGCGAUCCAAACUGCUUCAGUUAAUGUUGGAAUGAUGAUUGCGGGUCGUAUUAUUGCCGGGCUUGCCACUGGAUCCUUACUGACCAUUGUACCCGUUUAUAUUGCCGAGCUCGCGCCCCCGGAGAACCGAGCUUACUUGGUGGCACUCAAAGGUCUGCUCACUGGCAUUGGCUAUCUCGUUGCGAACUGGAUCGGCUAUGCUGGCUCGUAUGCUAAGGGCGAUGUGCAGUGGAGAGUCCCUCUAGCUAUGCAGAUUCCUCCGUCUGCUCUCCUCCUUGUUCUUACUGUCUUUCUUCCCGACUCCCCUCGGUGGCUUGUUGCAAAGGAGCGCCACGAAGAUGCACAAAGAGUCAUUACGAUGCUCCACGCCAAGAAAGGAGAGGAGUUCAUUCAACGUGAAAUGUUGGAGAUCCGAGGGCAGCUUGCGCUGGAACAAGCCCAACGGACGAGUGCAAGCUGGGUUGAACUCUUCACUCUCCGCUAUGCCAAGCGACUCUUGCUUGCCUGUUUCAUCCUCAACAUGACUAAACUCUCUGGUGGAGGCGUGAUUCAAAACUACCAAUCUCUGUUCUAUGCUGGCCUUGGAUUCGAAGGAAGAACGGUUCUCCUUAUAAGCGGCUGUUAUGGCUCUAUGGGAGUCAUCGGUCAGGUCAUUAACAUGGCGUUUGUAUCUGACAAGUGGCCACGUAAGCGAACAAUGUGGCUUGGUUCUCUUGUUCUAACAACUUUCCUGGUUCUCCUCACCAUCAUGUCCCGAUUCUACAGCGAUGGUAGCCAUCUCGCUGGAGCCGCAGCUGGGGUCGCGUUCAUUUUCCUAUACUCGGCCUGCUAUGCGAUCUUCUUCAACAGCACCGUGUGGGUUGUUGUCUCUGAGAUCUUCCCACAGCAUCUCCGCGGGAAUGGCAAUGCCUUCGCUGUCUUUUCCAUGUCUGUGACAAAUAUUUGGCUUUCCCAGAUUACCCCAUACGCAUUUGAGGCUACUGCCUGGCAGUUCUACUUUGUCUUCAUCGCUCUAAACCUGGCUGCCGCUGUUGUCUACUGGGUUUGGCUACCUGAAACAAAUCAAUUGACCCUGGAAGAGAUUGCUGGGGCAUUUGGAGACGAGGUUGUUAAAUCUGACAAGCUUGACCAUGACCACAAAGAGAAUAUUAGUAAAUAA